ACUGACCCCCAAGGACGCUUCAUUAUUUGCGACAUUAAAACCAAUGAAAAGUGUUUUACUUUAGGGAACAUAUAUGCUCCUAAUGAAGACAACCCAACUUUCUUCCUUGACUUCUUUGAUCACCUUGCAGAUUUCAAAUGUGAUGAUAUUAUUAUAGGAGGCGACUACAACCUUGUACUGGAUUUAGAGAAGGACAAGAUGGGUGGUCUUACUAAAACUCACCAAAAUAGUGUUAAAGUUGUUCAAGAAUUCUCUGAGAAACUAGAUCUGGUAGACGUCUGGAGGAUUCUACACCCAGACACUAGUAGAUUUACCUGGAGACAACGUCAUCCAAAAGUACACUGUAGGCUCGAUUUUUUUCUAG